AAAUUAAACAAUAAUAAAUUUUGGAGGAGAUCGAUAAAAUUAAUGGAAUCCGAAAAAUUGCAAGGUAUCAUCACCUAAAUAAAAUAAUAAACCCCCAUUUCUCUUGGGCAGUGCAUCAAUUGUACAUUAUUAAUAUUUCAAAUUUCAAUAGACCUCGAACACUUGUUUCAAAAUCGUAAUGGUUGCUUCAUGUAAAAUAAUGCAAAUCCUGCAAGAAUAUUCAAGCAGACCACAAUCCUUCUUCAUUAUAUAGUGUAUCCGAUUACCAAUACAUGAUUAAUAUAUUAGAAAGUUCCAUUUUUUGAAUAUCUUUUCAAACUUGUCCUAAUCAAAUAUCGUGUCUGAUUAUCAAUGCAUGAAUAAUAUAUUAGCAAGUGAGUAACAUUUUUUCUUUCACUAUCCAUUUCAAACAUACAUCCUUUGGAAAGUACUGUUAGUGGGGAUUGUAUUAUUCUUAUGAGUGCUGCAAGUUUUCGUGUGUUUUGCGCAUGAGAAGAAAUCAAAAAAAUGGCUUACAAUCUUCAACCUCUCAUCACCAUCCUACAACAAAUCUUAAACCCUGAACAAUCACACUGGCUUCUUGAUCACAACAAACCAAGUCUAGAAUCCCUUCUUCAAAAAGCUGCUUCUCUUCAACCGAUUCUUGAAAAAUCUUCACUCACCAGCAUAAAAAGUUUGGAGAACCAAAUCAGAGAUGCAACACAUAAAGCAGAAGAUAUCAUUGAAUCUCAAAUGGUUGAUCAAAUGCUUUCCAGCCCCGAAGGCGUGAGCUUUACAUUUUCCACACCAGAUCUACAGCAAGUAAGUCAACAACUUGAUUCUAUAAUGGAACAAGUGGAGAAGCUCGCGGAGGGGAACACGAUGUCGGGUGGCAGUUCAUCAAGUGGAGCUUCUUUGUCUCAAGAUCCAAGUUCGAAGAGCGUCGUGGUGGGAGUUGAUGAAGAUCUGAUGCAGUUGAAGGAUCGGCUGACCGGGAUGCAGACCAAGCUGGAGAUCCUGCCCAUCGUUGGUAUGGGUGGUAUAGGUAAAACCACUCUUGCUAGAAAACUUUAUGAGAAUACUGACAUUGUUUCUCACUUUGAAUAUGCUCGUGCUUGGACCACAAUUUCACAAGAUUACAAUAUGCGAGCAAUCCUAUUAGGCCUUCUUCGUUGCAUAAUUGGAAAAGAAUGUGACCAACAUAAUGAAAAGGGAGAUGGUGAGUUAAAAGAUAUCUUGUAUAGGAGCUUGUAUGGUAGAAGAUACAUGGUUGUAUUAGAUGAUAUUUGGAGCACCAAAUUCUGGGAUGAGAUAAGAAUGUACUUCCCAGACAACAAUAACAGGAGUCGGAUUGUGAUCACCACUAGGGAAUCAGAUGUUGCCAAAUAUGCAGACUCGAAGAGUCUGCAACAUCAUGUGCAGUUGCUAAGCGAGUCUCAAAGUUGGGAUCUACUUUGCCAAAUUGUGUUUGGAGAAGAGGAUUGCCCUCAUGUAUUACAAGGGAUAGGAGAGAAGAUUGCGAGUGAUUGCAGUGGACUUCCUCUAGCUAUCAAUGUGAUUGGAGGGCUCUUGUCUAAGGUGGAAAGAUUAAAAGACGUUUGGGAGAAUAUUGGUAACGACGUAAGAGCUGCAAUUGUUGAAUCAGACAAGCAGUUCUCUAAUAUUCUAUCUUUAAGUUAUAACCAUUUGCCGGUUCACUUGAAGCCGUGUUUCCUCUAUAUGGGAGUUUUCCCUGAAGAUUAUGAGAUUAAGGCCUCGAGACUCAUAUGGAUGUGGGUAGCUGAAGGUUUUGUGAAAACAAAUGGAGAAAAAAGUUUGGAAGAGGAGGCAGAGGAUUAUCUGAAGUCACUUGUGGAGAGGAAUCUACUUUCGGUUAGACAUUAUAAGUAUGGAAAACCAAAAAGAUUGAGCAUCCAUGAUCUUUUGAGAGAUUUAUGCAUGAGGAAAGCUGACGAUGAGAAGUUUCUACACGUCAAGAAUUCCACUGAGGUCACGUUCUCUAACCCGCGUCGUGUGAGUAUUCACACAUCAUACGGAAUGGAAGAUGAUGAGUAUGCUUCAUCAGGGAUGUCAUUUGCUCGAUCAUGUCUACUCUAUGCCACAUUGGACUUAUCUCCCUUUUUUUUCACAUUAAGCUUGCUUAGGGUGUUGGAUUUAUGGGAAAUGCAUAUGAAAGAGUUCCCAAUAGAAAUAUUGCAACUUGUGAACCUACGCUACUUAGCUAUCGACUGCAAUUCAUUACCUAGUAGUGGAAUAUCAAGAUUGUGUAAUUUGCAAACUUUGAUUGCUAAGCUAGGCGAUGACUAUUUCCCACCUGACUUGUGGGAGAUGUCUGAGUUAAGACAUCUCAUCAUGGUGAAUUCAGGAAUCUGGAUAGAAGAUGAUUACAUCAGAAAAGUUGUUUUGAAGAAGCUGCAGAAGAUAUCUUAUGUGAGGCUAAGUCCUUCAGACAUUAGAGGGGAUUUCUUGGAAAGCAUUCCUAAUAUAAAAAGCUUGGGAAUCUUUUUGUAUGCAGUUGAUCGAUCGUUGAGUGCAAUUGAUCUGAGCCAUCUUCACAAACUCGAAACAUUAAGAUGCUAUUUUAGAUAUGGUACAUCUCUGCGCAGACUCAAAUUUCCUUCUACUCUUAGAAAAUUAAGUCUGAUAGAGUGUCUAAUAAAUCCGGGAGUCUUGAGGAUUCUAUGUGCACUACCGAAUCUGGAAGUGCUCAAGAUAUGCAGAUGCAGCUUGGAAAGCACGGAGACAAAUGAAGAGUGGGAAGCAGCAAAUAAUGAGUGGGAAGCCGCAGAAGAAGACGAAUUCAGCUCAUUGCAGUUUCUACUACUCGAACAUUUGGAUGUGGUGCAUUGGCGAGCUGACGAAACCAACUUCCCUAGACUCCGACAUCUCGUUCUACGACAUUGUGAGGAGCUACAGGAAAUCCCCAGCGGCAUUGGAGAAAUCCCAACCCUCCAAUUAAUAGAGUUAGAAUAUUGCAGCGAUUCUGCAGUGGCCUCAGCAAAACUGAUUCAAGAGGAGCAGCAAUCUGAUUACGGAAACUACCACCUCCAACUUCAUAUCUUAUAAUAGAGAUCGCAACAACCAAACUGGCAGACUCCCUCUACUCCGAGUGGCUUGUGAGUGUGGCCAUCCUUCUAUUGAGGACAUUGUUUAAAGUUAACUCUGUUCUUUUCCCCUUUGAACGCCUAUUUUGUUUUGGUUCGCCCCAUCUCGUUCGGCUCCUAUGAUCCUAUCAGUUCAUUGUUUUCUCUCAUGACUAUUGAGUUGUAUUUUGACC